AUGACAGCCGCUGCCAAUGUAAAUGGAGCCAUUGACCGUAUUUUACCGUUCAGCCACUGGUUAGGCUUUCAUGAAGAGGUCUCCAUUCUCCAUCCAGCAACAAAGAAAUGUCAAAUAAACAGCCCAGAGGACUUGACAGAAAGUAGCGAGGAGCUGGCUGUUCCAGAUGUCAUCAGCAGCAUCCGGCAACUUUCCAAGGCUGCCCUGAAGGAGGACUCCAAACCCAGCAAAGAUAACGAGGAUGCCUUCUAUAACUCUCAGAAGUUUGAAGUGCUCUACUGCGGGAGGGUGACCGUCACCCAUAAGAAGGCGCCCUCCAGCCUCAUUGAUGACUGCAAGGAGAAGUUCAGCCUGCAUGAGCAGCAGCGCCUGAGGCUGCAGGGCGAGAAAGGUGGUGACCCUGGGGACGAGCUGGGUAUCUUAGAGGCUGCAUCUCCUGUGUCCCCAGAUGACAACCUGCCUGAGAAGGCAGAUGGUGCCGUCAACAGCCACCGUGCCCUGCCCUCCCUGGCCAGCCUCCCCACCCAGGCCAGCCAACCCGCACCCCCGACCAGCCCUCGGGUUGGCUUCCCGGAGAGGAUUUUGGAAGACUGUGGCUUUGAUGAGCAGCAGGAGUUCCGGUCACGGUGCAGCAGCGUCACAGGCGUCCUGCAGAAGAAGGUUCAUGAGAACAGCCAGAAACCACAGCCAAGAAGGAGGCAUGCAAGCGCGCCCAGUCACGUGCAGCCCUCGGAUUCGGAGAAGAACAGGACCAUGCUCUUCCAGGUUGGCCGCUUUGAGAUUAACCUCAUCAGUCCAGAUACCAAAUCCGUUGUGCUAGAGAAGAAUUUCAAAGAUAUUUCCUCUUGUUCUCAGGGAAUAAAGCAUGUUGAUCACUUUGGCUUUAUCUGUCGGGAUUCUGCAGAGCCCGGGCUGAGCCAGUACAUCUGUUAUGUGUUCCAGUGUGCCAACCAAUCUCUGGUGGAUGAGAUCAUGCUGACUCUCAAGCAAGCUUUCAGCACGGCUGCUGCGCUGCAGAGCGCCAAGACACAGAUCAAGCUGUGCGAGGCCUGCCCCAUGCACUCUUUGCAUAAGCUCUGUGAGAGGAUCGAAGGUCUCUACCCACCACGAGCCAAGCUGGUAAUCCAGCGACACCUCUCUUCACUGACCGAUAAUGAGCAAGCUGACAUCUUUGAACGAGUUCAGAAAAUGAAGCCCAUCAGUGACCAGGAAGAGAACGAACUUGUGAUUCUCCACCUGCGGCAACUCUGUGAAGCCAAGCAGAAGACUCAUGUGCACAUCGGGGAAGGGCCAUCGAUUAUUUCAAACAGUACAAUCCCAGAGAAUGCGACAGGUGGUGGGCGGUUCAAGCUUGACAUUCUGAAAAACAAAGCGAAGAGAUCCUUAACUUCCUCCUUGGAAAAUAUCUUCUCUAGGGGAGCAAACAGAAUGAGAGGCCGGCUGGGAAGCGUGGACAGCUUUGAACGGUCUAACAGUCUUGCUUCAGAGAAGGACUUCUCACCAGGGGACUCUCCUCCGGGGACACCACCAGCCUCCCCUCUGUCCUCCGCCUGGCAUGCUUUCCCUGAGGAGGAUUCUGACUCUCCACAAUUUCGAAGACGGGCUCACACCUUCAGCCACCCACCUUCAAGUUCAAGGAGGAAGCUGAACUUGCAAGAUGGGAGGGCUCAUGGCCUAAGGUCCCCUCUCCUGAGACAGAGUUCCAGCGAGCAAUGCAGUGAUGGAGAAGGGAGAAAAAGAACCUCAUCCACCUGCAGCAAUGAGUCCCUAAAUGCAGGGGGAACCCCUGUCACUCCUCGAAGAAUCUCCUGGAGGCAGCGUAUUUUCCUCCGGGUUGCAUCUCCUGUGAACAAGUCCCCUUCAGCAAUGCAGCAAAAAGAUGGCCUGGACAGGACCGAGCUGCUCCCGUUGUCCCCUCUCACUCCCACUAUGGAGGAAGAACCUCUCGUUAUAUUCUUGUCUGGUGAUGAGGACACAGAAAAGGUUGAAGAAAAGAAGAAAUCAAAGGAACUAAAGAGUCUGUGGAAAAAAGCUAUACACCAGCAAAUUCUGUUGCUUCGGAUGGAGAAAGAAAACCAGAAACUGGAAGCAAGAAGAGAUGAACUCCAGUCUAGAAAAGUUAAGCUAGACUAUGAAGAAGUUGGUUCAUGUCAGAAGGAAGUCUUAAUAACAUGGGACAAGAAGUUGUUGAAUUGCAGAACCAAAAUCCGAUGUGACAUGGAAGACAUUCACACGUCCCUUAAAGACGGGGUCCCCAAAAGUCGUCGAGGGGAAAUUUGGCAGUUUCUAGCAUUACAAUACCGCCUGAGGCACAGAUUGCCCAACAAGCACCAGCCUCCAGACACCUCCUACAAGGAACUUCUGAAGCAGCUCACUGCUCAGCAGCACGCAAUACUUGUGGAUUUGGGGAGGACAUUUCCCACCCACCCUUACUUUUCAGUACAGCUUGGGGCGGGGCAGCUGUCCCUCUUUAACCUGCUGAAAGCUUACUCUUUGCUGGACAAAGAGGUAGGCUACUGUCAGGGGAUCAGCUUUGUGGCCGGAGUCCUGCUUCUGCACAUGAGCGAAGAGCAAGCCUUUGAAAUGCUCAAGUUCCUUAUGUAUGACCUGGGCUUCCGCAAGCAGUACCGACCAGAUAUGAUGUCACUUCAGAUCCAGAUGUACCAGCUGUCCAGACUCCUUCAUGACUACCACCGAGAACUCUACAAUCAUCUUGAGGAGAAUGAGAUCAGUCCCAGUCUGUAUGCUGCGCCCUGGUUCCUCACGCUCUUUGCCUCUCAGUUUCCCUUAGGAUUUGUAGCCAGAGUUUUUGAUAUUAUUUUUCUUCAGGGAACUGAAGUUAUAUUUAAGGUUGCUCUCAGUUUACUGAGCAGCCAGGAGGCACUUAUAAUGGAGUGUGAAAGCUUUGAAAAUAUUGUGGAAUUUCUGAAAAGCACAUUGCCUGAUAUGACUACCACUGAAAUGGAAAAAAUUAUUACCCAGGUUUUUGAGAUGGACAUUUCCAAGCAGCUACAUGCCUAUGAGGUAGAGUAUCAUGUGCUACAGGAUGAGCUUCUGGAAUCUUCCUACACCUGUGAAGACAAUGAAUCCCUGGAGAAGCUGGAAAGAGCCAACAACCAACUGAAGAGACAGAACAUGGACCUUCUAGAAAAACUCCAGGUAGCUCAUGCUAAAAUCCAGGCCUUGGAAUCCAACCUAGAAACUCUUUUGACUAGAGAGACCAAAAUGAAGGCUUUAAUCCGGACCCUGGAACAAGAUAAAAUGGCUUAUCAAAAGACUGUGGAGCAGAUCCGGAAGCUGCUACCAGCGGAUGCGCUGGCCAACUGUGAAUCGCUGCUGAGAGACCUAGCUUACUCUAAUAAUGACAAAGCCAAGACAGGAAAUAAGCCAUAGCUCCAUGUGGCCUCAGCAGAGAGCUCCCUUACAAUACCCGGAAGGUGGCACCUGUGCACUGCAGAUCUAAUGUCGACCAGAAAUCUGGUGGGACACCUACUACUGGUGUGGAGACCAUCAGUAGGUGAUGUAGCUCUCCUCAGAACACUCCACUCCUAAGCCAUCACAGACAUCCAGACUGGAUUUUCCUCUGGUUGUUGCCAACUAUGUACAUAAAUAUAUAUAUAUGGACAUAAAGAGUAGUGCUUUCAAAUCUAACAGUAGAUGUGUAUCGGAGCAAUUUUUCUUUUUCAGUCAAAACUUCGUGAAAUCCAUACCAAAUGGAAGUUGAAGUGAGAUAUCCUUUUGGACACACAUGGAAUCUUUUUUGUUUUUCUAGUGAAACAAAUCUAGAACAUCUUUGUAUAUUGAAAUAUACUUGAAAAAAAUGAAUGUAUUACCCCCCUCAAAGACUAGCAAUGUUUCACUCAGUGUGGUAGGCAGACACAUUUCUGUAGCUGUAUGUGGCUGCUCUAUGUAAGGGAUGUGUGAGUCUCUUAGGAAGGUGGAGCCCUUCUGCCCUGCCCACUGUGUGACAACCAGUAUGUCGUAUCUUCACUUACCUAGAGUCUGAUUAGGCUUUGCUUGAGACACACAGGGACAAAGCAGGACCUGUGGCUGAGUCCACCCACCUCAAAGUGAAGACGAAUGUUGCUAAUUUUCUAGCAGAUAGACCAGCAUUGAUAUUCGAACUGGAAAUAUCAGGCCUCAAAGACACAACUAAGCUCCUAAAUUGUCUGUAGUAGCUAUUUGCCUUUUUAUUUAGGUGACUUAGACAGUGGUAAACAGUUGCUUGGUGUUAUAUUUACCAAGUGACAAGGUUUGCUAUUUUCUCACAAAAUUAUGGGAGCCUUUCAUGUAAUUCUUGUGACCUUCAGUUUAGAAUAGGGAAAUAAAAGUAUGCUCGAUUUCCCAAAGAUGAUAUACCAUGUUGAGUUGCUUUUUAUCUUUUGCUCAAUAACCAAACACCCAAGAAUCAUUUUCCCCUUUCAUGUGAAAAUUUAGAACUGUGAAAUGUUCAGGAACAAACUGUCUAAAGUACACUGGAAGGGAAGAGAAAUUUCUCUAACCCAGUUCAAACCUGGACAAUUUUGUAUUUGGACUCCUGGCUUCUGCCAGGUACAGAUAGCUUAUGAGGGAGUGUGCAUGCAUUCUGGGUGUCUGGAUGGAAAGUAACUUUCCUAGUUCACGUUCAGUCCCUACAACAGAGAUGACUUGACAACAGUGCCUCUGAACAUGAAGGCGACAUUUCUGCCUUUCCCAACAGUGUUUAUUGUUGCUGCUUUCGGCAGUCCUUGUCUUUUUUGCAGAGGGGUUACUUGGGGGUAAUUUUCCUCAGAGAGAGUUUAUUAUACACAAAAUGAAAUUUUAUUAUAGCGCUCACAAGUCAAGAUAUAGAUCAGUAGGUGCCAAGUAUCUACAAGCCCUUUUAGGCUGUUCCUCACUUGAAUGUCACAAGUCUUGGGAUCAGGGUGACCUUGGAUCCAGGGGGCUUCCUCCCCAAACAACCAAGUCUUAUUAUGUAGGAGAGUUGAUUCAGCUUCUAGAUUCUCAGAAGUGCUUGUUCUAGAUUCUCCGUUAGGUUGAGGGCCAUUAGUUGAUCAGUUGCUUGGAUAUUCUGAAAAUUUCUUCAUUUGUAGCAUCUUCUAUUCUCCUACCAGGAUGAAGAAGAGCACAGUAUUACUUUCUGAUGAUAGAAAUUGCCUUAUGGGUGUGAUGCACAGGUGGUGACUGGGGGGGUCUUCAUGUUGGGGAAGGAAAUAUUUUCUUUCUGUUUCUCAGUUAAACGUACAUGAUAUUCUGGAUGUUCAAAGUCAGCAAUUAAGACAACGUGGAUGCAGCAUUUUCUUGUGAAAAUGAUUUUUCUUUCUCAUUUGUGAUUUUAAAAAACGUUACACAAGUUCUACUUCGUCAUUUUACAUCUUCAUCAGGUUCAUGUAAUGUCUAUUCAUUUCCAAUAAAUAUGUUGCUGCCAUUUCCUGAA